AUGCGCGAAUCCGACAUUGACCUAGACGAAAUCAUCGGAAGCGAGAACGGCCAAUUCGAAUGGGACAGUGUUAACUUCAGCGAAACCGCCGCGGAUGCCGAGUUUACCAUUGAGGGCGGUGGUGAGGUUUUUGUCCUCCGGGCUUCGCUGCAGGAUAAGCAAAGAGAGUGGGCAACUUCUGAUAUCAAAUUUGCUGAGCGUGUCCUCGAUGUAAAUGGCGGAUAUCGCUUUUUGUAA